UGGAAUCUGUUACCCAGUCCCAACAAAUAUAAUCUGGGGGCGAAAAUAUGAUUCACAAUCAAUACACACAAUCUAUGUUCUACACUAAGCAAUCAGAGAGAAAUUCCACAAACAAGAGAAGAUUCUGCAAAAAAGGUUCAAGAGCUCAUGGGUGCCAAGAAUUCGAAAAGGUCAAUCUCAGGUCGGUACUCAUCUUAUGGAUCCAGCUCGAGUUCAUGGAGCCAAAAUGCCUAUCCACAGUCUUCGUAUCCUCAGCCAAGUCGCAGCUAUGCUCCUCCAACUCCAAGCUACAGUAAUCCACCCCCAGAAUCGAAGAGAAGGUUGGAGAGGAAGUACUCGAGGAUAGAUGACAAUUACAGUAACAUAGAUCAGGUCACCGAUGCCCUUGCACGUGCUGGUCUGGAAUCAUCAAAUUUAAUCGUUGGUAUUGAUUUCACAAAGAGCAAUGAGUGGACUGGUGCCAGGUCAUUUCAUAGGAGAAGUUUGCACGACAUUGGUGAUGAGCAAAAUCCCUACGAACAAGCCAUAUCAAUCAUCGGACGAACACUAUCCAAAUUUGACGAAGACAAUUUGAUCCCUUGCUUCGGAUUUGGAGAUGCUUCAACACAUGACCAAGAAGUCUUCAGCUUUUUUCCCAACGGGAGAUUUUGUGAGGGCUUUGAGGAAGUCAUGUCUCGAUAUAGAGAACUAGUUCCCCAAUUGCGACUUGCAGGACCGACAUCAUUUGCUCCUGUCAUCGAAAUGGCUAUCACGAUUGUGGAACAAAGCGGUGGUCAGUACCAUGUUUUAGUCAUCAUAGCUGAUGGGCAGGUCACAAGAAGCGUUGAUACUGAUCGUGGCUACUUAAGUCCCCAAGAGAAGAAAACGGUUGAUGCAAUCGUCAAAGCGAGUGAGUACCCAUUGUCAAUAAUAUUAGUGGGAGUCGGAGACGGCCCUUGGGAUAUGAUGAGGGAAUUUGACGACAAUAUUCCUGCUCGUGCCUUCGACAAUUUUCAGUUUGUAAACUUCACAGAAAUUAUGUCGAAAAACAUGAAUCCUUCUCGGAAAGAGGCCGAGUUUGCACUUUCAGCUUUGAUGGAAAUACCUUCUCAAUACAAGGCAACUCUGGAGCUUAAUCUUCUUGGUGCUUCAAGAGGAAGAGGUAUAGAUCGGGUUCCUCUCCCUCCUCCUCUGUACAGCGCAGCUUCUUUUUCCACGCCAAAACCUUCCCGGUCCAAUAGUUUUCAGCCUAGCGCGCCUUCUUCUAGUGGGCGGGUUCCAGUUGUUAGAACCAGCCAAUCCGGAAGCCUAUCUUCUUCUGAAAGCAAUCUUUGUCCAAUUUGCAUCACUGACACAAAGAACAUGGCAUUCGGUUGCGGACACCAGACAUGCUGUGAAUGCGGUCAAGGCCUCUCGUUGUGCCCGAUUUGUCGGGUGACGAUUCAGACGAGGAUAAAGCUCUACUAGACGAUCGCUCGCUAGCAGAAAUAUGCAAUGGAUAGACAGUGUGAAACUGAAACCUAUAGCUUAUUACAGAUUAGAUAUAUAAAAAUGAUUUCUUCAGUAUUAAUUUUUGUGUAUAUGCAUUUCCUCAUUCUAUUGUUAUUUUUUCAUGCAAAAGAAUCGUGCUUUGUCUCCUUUGGAGUAAUUCUAUGAUGAUGAAAUAACACUUUUCUCUUUUAUUC